AUGCUUCACGACAGUGUCGCAAAUCACGAUGCAACGUUACUCAUGGAAACGAGCCCGCGGACGGAGUUUUGUUUACACUCCUGGGGGGCCAACAGCUACGGGCAGCUGGCCCAGGGCCACGUGGAGGACCUGUCAGAGCCCCGGCUUCCUGACGCCGCCGCCCUCAAAGACGGGGCUUUACGGUCUCUCAGCGGCGGCGGGGGGCACACCGCGGCAGUCACCGAAAAUGGAGAGUUGUUUGUGUGCGGACAAAAUCACAGAGGCCAGCUGGGACUUGGCCACAAUGCAGACCUCUCAACUCUUCAACUCUGCCACAGUCUGAAUCAGAGGGUCACAAAAGUAGUCUGUGGUUGGGAUUUUACUCUUCUUCUCAAUGAUUGUGGUCGAAUUUUAGCAUGUGGCUCCAACGCUUAUGGACAACUAGGUGUUGGACAACACAUCACACACUCAGCAGAUCUACUGGUCAUUGAGAGUCUGGAGGAGCCAGUUGUGAGUGUAGCAGCAGGACUCAGACAUUCACUUGCUGUUACUGACUCAGGCUGUGUAUAUCAGUGGGGUCGUGGUCUUUUCAGUCACGCUAAGAGAGCCCUCAGUCCACGUUCUGUCCCAUCACACCUCAGCUCUCCGGUGCCCUCUCUGGUACCAGGUUUGGAUCAGAAGACCUCACGCAUGGUAACUGCAGGCUUGGCGCACUGUGUGUGCCUCACAGGAGACGGUGAUUUGUUUCUGUGGGGAAGCAACAAGCGUGGCCAGCUGACCGCGACAGAGCCCUUCCUGUCCUCUCCAACUCUUGUGAAGCGCUCACUGCUGGGUAAUGAGAAAGUCAUCAAUGUGUGGAGCGGCUGGACACACAUUGUUGCUCAAACAGAGAGUGGGAGAGUGUUCACAUGGGGCAGAGGAGAUUAUGGACAGCUGGGCCGACAAGCAUCAACCAGUCAGAACUCAAAGUGGCCAUCGACUGAUCCUUCAGGAGAGGGUCGAAACCAGGAAGCUUGCCUCCCUGCGGAGGUUAAAGUCCUCCGUGGAGCGACACAGAUUGCAUGCGGAUCUGAACAUAACCUUGCCAUUGUAGACGGGUGUCUCCUCUCCUGGGGCUGGAACGAACAUGGGAUGUGUGGCGACGGUUCACAGAGCGACGUCUUUCAGCCACAGCUCGUUUCUGGUCUCAGCCCUCUUCUCAUUGGCUGUGGAGCUGGACACUCUAUGGCAAUGUGCGCUGCGAAAAACUGACUUAAGACAAAACUCUGCAACGGCUCCACCUCACUAACCCCGGAGCAGGAACAUGUAUUCAUCAGGAGUUAAUCGGAGACAAGAAAAACAGAAUGACUUUGUGAAUUGUGUUUUGCCCGCAUAUGAUUAUUCUAAGUGCCUUACACUAUAACUUUCACCUUGUAAUAGGCUACUUGAGCUCCUUGAAAAGAUUAGGCUUCAAACUGCAGUUGUCAUCAUUGGUUGGUCGGACACAGACUGAGUUAUGUUACAUGUGGACAGAGGCCAUCAUUUCUCUGGCCAGCCUGUCACUUUGAUGGACGUGAUUGGGACCGAUGGCUUUUGCAUGACCCGGCCUCGCCUACGGCUCCUGGUCCACCUGCCCUGCUGGUCUUCCAGAAGGAAGCCGUUGUGGAUCAUGUGAGGAAUGGGCUAGACUGGUGCAGUAGCUCCAGCUUCCCAUUUCAGCAGUUUUAUUGCUCUUAUUUAUUAUUGAUCUCGAGUAUCAGAAAGCAGUCAAUCUGUGCACUUCAUACUGAAAAUCUCUCGGUCAUCUCAUGAUUUAACAUUUACACAAUCCAAACAGUGAAUUUUACUUUGGCAACGAUCCAUCACUUCUUGAUGAUCUUUGAGGAUCUGUUUGUCUCCUUUGCUCCACUUUCAUACUGUAUAUUACUUAAUCCAUCUUGGGGGUAAUUUGUCUGCUGCAUUUGACCCAACAUACAUAUUAACAAGCUGUGGGCGACCCAGGGAUCAAACUGCAGGUCUGAAGCCAGGGCUGUGGUCAACGCCAAUGGCAGGACGCAGAAUAUUGAUGCAAUGUAUUCACAUUUUUUAUUUUAUUUUUGAAAUUUAAUUCUUAUUUAUGCAAAUUCUAGAUAUAAAAAAGAAAAGACAUCUGCUUUAAUGAAAGCGAAUGUGCUUAUACCUGGAUUAGUUUGAAAAAAUAAAUCAACACUCUUUGAAAAAUGAUCAUUUCUGUGUUCUUGUUUUUUUAUUUAUCACUAUUAAUUGUACAAGCCUGAACUGUAUCGGUCAAAAAGACACAAAAAUCCCAAAACAACAAACCAAUCAAAACUGAACACCUUAUUGAGAUAACUAACCACAAAAUGCACGCUGUUCAAAACGCACAAUCUCAAGUCUCGCCAAAUGGCACAUUAGUUGCCUCUUAGUUGUGUUAUUCAUUCCUUUUCAUAACAGAGGCUAUUAUUGUUAUUUAUUCUGUCUGACAAUGACCAUCACACUGUCCCCCAUUUGUUCUCAGCUCUAAUGGCAGAUUACACUCUGCUGUACCUGACUUCACACAGAUCUUUGGUUGUUGGCAGUGUGUUUGCAGGUGUUUGGUAAAAAGUUGAAGCUGUACUACUCAAUGGCUCUCCUUUAUGCUUUUAUUAGGUAUGCUCACUGCUCGCCUUUAGAAGCUGAUCCUUAUGGGGGUCCUUAUUGUAUCUUUGUGCUUUUUUGAAUACUGAACUGAUGCUUUCAAUGGCUGGUGAUUACUAAUGUCAAAUGAAAUGUACAUUAAUUUGUCAUGCUGGUGAAGCUAUACUCCUGAAUGGUUAGAAUAAUUUGCAUAACAGAGGCACUUGUCCAGUAUGUGUGUAAUGUUUUGGCAUUAGUUAGUAUUGCAUACUACUAUUUGCAUGUGCAGAAAAAUAACCCAAUUCUACAUGAUUGUCAAUUAAAAUAUACUACGUGAUAAUCAUGAAUGUCUGAGCUGUGAUAUGAAGUGAUGUAUUUUAGAUCUAAGCUGUCUGUGUCAAUCAAAAAUGUAGCUGUGAAGAUAUAGCAACGUUCCAUGAAUGUUUAUAUAUCUAUUAUUUAUUUCUGAAUAGCCCUAUAUAAGAUGUGAUUGACCAAAUAAUUAUUAACGGCACACUUUCACAUUUUAAUGCCUCAUUAAUACAAGGUAAGAGUGGUAAGGAUAACCUUUUUUUCAAUCUUUUUUUUUUUUGUGGAUGUUAUCUUUUUGAUGCCUGAAAACAUAUCAAAUGAACAUUAAAGGUUCACUGGUGCAAAACAGUGCAAAACAGUGCAAGAGUCUACAAAAAUGUGAUGAUGACAGUGCAAAGUUCACGAUUUCUUUCAACUGUUUAGUCUGGCUGACAUGACAAGUGACAGGUUUUUUUUUUGCUGGGUGAUUAAAAUCGGAGCAACAUUUUUUUUUCUUUCAACAGAAGAAGCACACAUAUAUUUGAUGAUCACUCAAAAACAUUGGUACACGCAACUUUGGCACACAAAAAAAAGCAUAUUUACAGCACUGGCACAAACCAAAAAUAGGCACAUAAAUUACAACACAGUAACCAUUCACAGAUACUGAGAAACAUAAGGCUUGACAACAAAACUUCCUCAGUGCUACAUCUAUGCUGAGUUUGUGAUGUACAGGUUGUCACUGUCACACCCAUUCAAAAAGACUAAAUAAUACACACAACAAUGCUACUGCAAGGUGGGUGAUGGGCCUUUAUGGGUCAUACACAUAGUGGUCGGGACACCAUGGUUCAUAACACAAACUGACUCUGUUGGUUGUCUGCUCCGGUGCUGUCGCUGGGUCUCUAUAAACAUAUAAAAAAAACAAUAACAAAAGCAAAUUAUUACACAAAUUAUGUAUACUGGUGGAAAUG